AUGGAGGCGUUACUUUGCAAGAAAAGGAUGAAUGACCAAAGUUUUUACGGUAGAAAACUUUUCAUUUAAUAUGAGCCUGAUCUUGAAACUUUUGAGGAUACUAAGGAGAAAAUUGAAUGGCGACAGUCUAGAGUUACCAAUAGGCUAUUGGAAUUAUAAAAUUAGGAUAGAAAGAAAGAAUAUAUCUAGUAGAAGUAAGAAGAGUUUAAGCAUGAAGAGAUAAAAGAAGUGGAAAAAAUACUGAAAUAAAGCAAGAGUUUAAAGCAAUAGGUUUAUGAGGAAAAGCAAUAGUCAAAACUAGAUAGCAAUAAAAACUAAAUAUUUGACAAGAAAAGGAAAAUGAGAGAUUUUAACAAUAAACUUGGGGAUAGUAAGAAUUAUAGUAAAAAGAAUACUGGAAUGAAAAAGAGGAUAAAAAUUUGA